UCCACGGAGAAUGAGGCUGUAGCCCCUGAGGAAACUCAGAAGACAGACCCUGCUGUCGAACCAAGGCUCAAAGUGGUGGACUGCGACAAGGACCUGGUGGACUGGCAAAAGCCUCUCCUGUGGCAGGUGGGCCACUUGGGAGAGAAGUAUGAUGAGUGGGUCCACCAGCCGGUGAGCAGACCCAUCCGCCUCUUCCACUCAGACCUCGUCGAGGCCCUCUCCAAGACUGUCUGGUACAGCGUCCCCAUCAUCUGGGUGCCCCUGAUGCUGUAUCUAAGCUGGUCCUACUAUAGAACCCUCGCCCAGGGCAACGUCCGGCUCUUUGCAUCAUUCACAACAGAGUACUCGGUGGUGGUGCCCGAGUUUGUGUUCCCUGGCCUCUUCCUGCUGGGCAUGCUCCUCUGGAGCCUCAUAGAGUACCUCAUCCACCGCUUCCUGUUCCACAUGAAGCCGCCCAGCAACAGCUAUUACCUCAUCCUGCUGCACUUCGUCAUGCACGGCCAGCACCACAAGGCACCCUUCGACGGCUCCCGCCUGGUCUUCCCGCCUGUGCCGGCAUCUCUGGUAAUCGCCUUCUUCUACGGGUUGUUACAGUUCAUCCUGCCCGAGGCGGUGGGGGGCACUUUGUUUGCAGGGGGCCUCCUGGGCUACGUCAUCUACGACAUGAUCCAUUACUACCUGCACUUUGGUUCGCCGCACAAGGGCUCCUACCUGUACAGCAUGAAGACCCACCAUGUCAAGCACCACUUUGCACACCAGAAGUCAGGAUUCGGCAUCAGCACUAAAUUGUGGGAUUACUUUUUCCACACCCUCAUCCCAGAGGAACCCCACCCGAAGACGGAGUGACAGCUCCCAGCCCCUCCGUCCUGCCUUCAGCCUGGCCCUGGUCCCUGCCCCCCACCCCACCCAAUACUCCAUCCAGAUCCUGCUAAGAAGGUUGGCUCGGCCAGGUAGCACAGGUUCUGUCUGGCCCUGGGACUUGGUGGAAGAUGCUGAGGGGACCUUGAG